AUGGAUUUUGACAAUGGACAAUUGAUUGUGUUUUUGGUCAGCAUUCUUUUGAUCACCUUGAAUGGAGUGCAAGUAAACUGCAUUACUGAGAGCUAUUCCUUCCGUGUUUCUGAAAAUGGAGCAACGUUUACCGAAGAUGUAGAAUUGAAUGUCGACAAUCAAACCGAAGUGUUCCGUGUUCCUCAGCACAACGAUGUGGACGCAAUGGAAAUGAUGAAUGACUUUAAAGAGGGUUUGUCUGUUUACCGAGUACCAUCAGCACGUGCCUGCUAUGUAUCUAAGCUGGAUUCAUCUCUUCCAGAGCCAGGGAAGAUGAGGGUCAACAUGGAACAGGCCUCGAUGCAGCCUCGCUCACCCCGUCAUGUGACAACCAAGAAAAGGGCUUGGAGAGUGGGGGGUUUUGCGAAGCGAUCAGCUUUGCCUCAGAAGUUUCUGGAUUUCUGUGGCAGUUUUCCAAUCUAUACCAUUGAACAAACGUCGAUGGAUUUUAGUGUGAGCUCGCUUAGGAGAGGUUAUGGCCGUUUCAAAAGGAGUGGAGCAGAUACGAACCCCUUUACAUUUAGUGAAUUUGCCACAUGUGGUCCAAAAAGUAAGGAAAAGUUGAAGGAGUGUAUGAAAAAGGCGAUUCAGGAACAGAUGGAGACUGGUGACCAUGAAAUUUAUGAUUUGAGGUGCAAAUUCGGUAAACAUCUUUGUUAUUACGUGGUUGACUGCCACCCUGUCGGUCAAAACGCGUAUGAAUGUAAAAAAGUAAGACACAUGGUAGAUUUCAUCGGAUUUUGCUGUGAUGUAGUAUGUCUUAUAUGA